UGCUCCUCCCGCGUCUCCCGGGUCAGAUGUCAGAGCUACAGGAAAGAAAAUUCACCAUCCCCAUAAUCCCGCCUUCCCGUUCUGAGCUAGCUGAAUCUUCUCCCCGCUGAAUCUUGAGCGAGCGCCCAAUCAAUCAAGCCGAUCCCGAGCAUCCAGAUCCGGCGACCACCACGUCAAAAACAAUUGACCAAUUGACCUAGAUACAUCGCCGCCGCACACUGUGGUUCAGUCGCCAGGCAAACCCCUCUUCACCCCCGCUCUCUCCUCUCGACCGUCGGUGGAUCUCUCCUGGAGCUGGGCAUCCGAGUUCUACGCGCGAAAGAUGUCUAAUCUCUCAGAGCCCUCAAGAGAAGAUGGUGCAGCUGAUGCAUCAGUUACUUUACAGAAAACUGGAGGGUGGAAUAACACAUGGAACACUCUUAUGCACCACGCUUCAGUCUAUGGCGUGGCUGCUGGUUAUUGCCUGUCAGCAUCUCUGUUGUCCAUUAUCAACAAAUGGGCAAUCACGAAGUUUCCUUACCCUGGAGCACUGACAGCUCUACAAUACCUCACUAGUGUUGCUGGAGUUCUCCUAUGUGGACAGCUAAAGCUUAUUGAGCCUGAUAGCCUGAAUUUGAGAACCAUGUGGAAGUUCUUGCCUGCUGCUGUUAUGUUCUACAUCUCCAUCUUCACAAACAGUGAACUCUUGAUGCAUGCCAAUGUGGACACUUUCAUUGUCUUUCGCUCUGCUGUUCCAAUAUUUGUGGCCAUUGGAGAGACGCUUUACCUUCACCAACCAUGCCCAUCAUUGAAGACAUGGCUCUCACUUUCCACUAUACUUGGUGGGAGUGUGAUCUAUGUUUUCACCGACAACCAGUUCACUGUGACUGCUUACAGCUGGGCAAUCGCCUAUCUGGCGAGCAUGUCUAUCGAUUUCGUGUACAUCAAGCACGUGGUCAUGACCAUCGGGCUGAACACAUGGGGCCUUGUGCUCUACAACAACCUUGAGGCUCUGCUGUUGUUUCCCCUAGAGCUCCUUAUAAUGGGAGAGUUUGAUCAGAUGAAGGUGGACAGCUCCAAGAUGACUAACUGGCUAUCUUUUGAUGUUGUCCUUCCUGUUGCUCUGUCAUGCCUGUUUGGACUAUCAAUAUCUUUCUUCGGGUUCUCCUGCAGACGGGCCAUAUCAGCUACCGGAUUUACGGUGCUCGGUAUAGUGAACAAGCUCCUGACCGUCGUGAUCAAUCUGCUUAUCUGGGACAAGCAUGCGUCACUUGUGGGGACAAUUGGCCUCUUGAUAUGCAUGUCUGGUGGCGUUCUCUACCAGCAAUCCACCACAAAACCGAAGGCUCCCAAGAUUGAGCCCAAGGAAGACAUUGACGAAGAGGGACAGAAGUUGCUGCAUAUGCAGCCAGGCCAUGAGAGCAGUUCAAAGUAAAGGCACUCAUAAGCUUAUUUGACAAUUCACAAACCAUUCAAGGUAUACCUGAUCAGAUGAGAAAUCUUGAAAUGCAGUAGACAUCGGCAAUUCAUGAGGACCUUAAUAUCAUCCUACAAUCUCUUUGUUAUUGUAUACUGUAUUCCAUUAGUUAGACAUGAUUGUUUCGGUGUAGGGUACCAGACAGUUCAAACAUACUAGCUCUGAAUCUCUGUACACGAAAACAGCAAGUAUGCUAUUUAUCAAACCUCAGGAAAACACUGCA